AUGUCUUCAGCUCUUCAGGAAUCUCCAUCUCAGAACGGCGGCGCUUUGAAACUGCAGACCAGCGGUGCGACUACUUCAGAGGCUUUGAGGCCAUCUGAUGUAGCGCCGCCCACACGCGUCGAUACUCUCCCCCAACAAGCCACCACACAGCCUCAGGAUGACGGGACGCACGUUCGCGCGUCCCCGCAGUCCGAUGCUAGUCCUACUGCCGCCCGUCCUGAGGGCAAAAUCCCAUGGAAGGAGCAGGUUGUUGCAUACGCACAGAAAGCAAGAGGUGCUGUUCUGCGCAAGCCAACCUUGAAGGAACACGGCAAGCAGAUACUUCAAGGCGACGCGAAUGCACGAGAGCCUGCUCCCAAAGCGUAG